UCGGCACAGAGGCGUAAGGCACGGGGCCCCUGCCAUUGCUCUGCCAGACUCCAGGACCCCCCAACUCCUCCAUCAAGGGCACCAGGCUAGAACAGAGCCGUGACUGGGCCCCCCAGCCAGCCUGCGGGAAUGCUGCUACUUCUGCUCCUUGUCGGUGCUCUCUGCCACCAGGGAGACGGGGCAGCCCUGCACACCUUCACCAUGAUUCAGCUCGCCCACCUCCCGAACAACAGCACCAUUGAAUUUUGGGGGAAUGCCACUCUGAACGGGGUACUGGCCCACAGCCUGCAGGGCUUCAAUGCCAGCCAGCUGCUCCCGCUGGAGCCCCCGGCACAGUGGCAGAAGAUGGAGCGCAGCCUGCAGACUUACUUAAAGACCUUCCAUGCCUUUGUGCAGGUGAUCACCAAGGAGAGGCAGGUGCAGUACCCCCUGCACUUGCGCUGCAAGCUGGGCUGCCAGCUGUCCCCUGAUGGCGCCUCCCACAGCUUCUACGAGGUGGCACUCAACGGAGACGACUUCCUGAGCUUCCGGGCGGCCAAUGCCAGCUGGGCACUACCGGGAAACAAGGAGGACGACAAGCUGGCCACAUUCACCCAUGCCCAGGUGAGCAGGUACCCACAGACCACCUCCGAGCUGCAGUCCUUCCUGGGUACGACGUGUGUGGAGUUCGUGAGGCGGCACAGCAAGAUGGAUGGCGCCAGGAUCGAAAGACAGCAAAGGCGCUCGCACACCCUUCUGGCUCUGGGCAUCACCUUGGGAGCCAUCGCCCUGGCAGCCUUGGCCGUAGGAGUCUUCUUCUGCACGGGAGGGCGGAGUAGUGGCACCGGAGGAGGUCAUGCCCCAGCCAGCCUUCACGGUGCAGUGUGACGGGGGGCUCGGCAGCUGCCGCCCCCUGGCAAGGGGAGGGGGACGCUGCUCAGUCCCCACAGCUGAUCAGCUCUGCGUGUGGAUCACUGCCCCUAAAGUACCAGCUCCCCAGCUAUGUGCCAGACAUGGGGCAGCAUCCGUCCACAGCUCCUACCACACCCUGUUCUUGUAGCCACCCCCAGCCCCCGCCAGUUGCCGUCCGGCUGCCCUCUCCCAUUCCCCGCCUGUCCCUACAGGGGAACUCAGGGCCCCGAGCAGUGACUCAGAUACCAAGUAGCCCUCCUAGGGCCACGGCAGGAUUGGGCCCUUUGUCCAUCCUUGGGGGGCUUUGCCCAGCCCUGGUUUGGAAUGUUCCCAGUGCGGGCCUCAGUCCUUCUGGGGCAGGAGAUGUGGUUGGAGACGCGGCCACGACCUUUGCAUGGUCUGGGGUGAGGGCUGUUCCACUGACACAG